AUGCACACCAUUGCCCGUGGCUGUCAUUCAGCCAAGGGUCCGUCGAUGGCAAUUCCCCAGCACACCCCGAAUAACGAGGAAGGCCCGGAUGCCCGAGGAGCUGUUGCCCCUUGUACACAACAAGGGAUACCCAAGUACUUUCGGGAAUGGACGAAGUUUUGGGACGAGGAUGAUGAGGACGUUAACAAAUCAAAUAAUGGCGAAGGAGCAGAACAGCCUGAACACGAUCCGCCGAGUGAGCCAAGGCUUAGUGUACCCGCGACCCAUUGCGAGCCGACCACCCACAUUGCGACAUCUGCAACAGCCAGACAGGUACCGUUACCUGUCGCCGAGCAUAAUAGCGGAUCGAUUCCACCUUUGACACGGGAGCCUACAUGCUCUCCACUUCUGCUCCAAACACCCGUUGGAUCUGUGUAUGCUCUCGAGAACACUUACGAGGCUCAGAGUCCUGCAGCCAACGGACUCGAGUCCAACUACUAUGCCUCUACCUAUGCUGCUCACUUUUCAACAGGGUUCAAGCCUAACCCUUUCGUGCAAGGCUCUACAGCAAACGCGAGCGACCAGGGCAGUCCUCCGUCUGGUACUGAUAAAAAUGGAUCAAGGGUCUCCUCACCUCAACUUGAUUCUCGCAAUCCAUAUUCCUCUAUCGAUGCAUCUGCUUUUCAAAAGCAGACACAAGCUACCGAGUCCGCCACUGUACUAGGUAUACAGUAUAGAGAUCCAAACACGGAUCACUUGCGUGAAUCCUCCGAAGGACUCAGAGGAGCCAGAGGAACGAAGAAAUCCGAGAAUCUUUAUAACUGUAUAUCACAGAAGGGCAAGACACGAGAAAGGGUAGAAGAUUUCGCAACAGUUACUGACAGCACUGUGGCUCAUCAAAAAGAGGCUCGCGGUGUCAAAGACAUUGGACGCGAAUUCAUCAUCGAAAAGAAGGAAUAUGAUCAUCCCUCGAGACCAAAAGAAAAGCGGAAGGAGAAAAAAAAGUUGCCUCCACGGCCUCCCUGCGAUGCGAAUGGCAGGGGCUUUUUCCGAAAGCUCUUACAAGCGGAUGGAACAUCCGCAAAGCCGUUGCGCUUAUCGAUAAUGGCAAAGAUUGGUCUGGAACGGAGUAUUUCUAGGUCAGAGCGAAUAACGUGCCCUCUCCCUGGCUGCAGCGACGUUGUGAUUUCCGAGGAUCUGUUCAGCCAUUUCGGAUCUCAUUUCAAGAAGCUCGAUUUACCGGAGGCUGGACCGCACGAUUGCCCGCUCAAGUGCGGUAAAAAGCCCCUUGGCACGUUGGCCGCCCUCAAAAAACAUUUGAGGGAUCAUUCAAAGACGUUUAGUCUCCUUUGCAAAACGUGCAACGGUCGGGUCUCCAGGGACUCAUGGGAGUCCAUUGAGCGUCAUUUGCUCAACAAAGCGCAUGCCGAGGACCGACAAGAACUAGGCUUGAAAAGCGAAUGGGUACCUUCGUCGAGGGUUGCUGCACGUCGUACCACGAAGAUAGACACUGAGGAGAUUGACAGCAAGGAUAAUGUUGACAACGAAGGUUCCAGCAAAGGAAUCAAACGUCGCCGCUUGCGGUAA